UUUUUUUGCCUAGCCGCUGCUAUCCUAAAAUGGACGGGUCAGCUAUGCGAUGGCAGAGCCUUUUGCGGGACUUAGAGAAGGAGUUGGAGCAAAUGAAUACCACCCUCCGGUCCUUAGAAAUCGACAAUCUCCGCAUGCGGGAAGUCGUGCAAGCCCGACCACGGCUAGAAUUAUCGCGACCUUUGUCGACACGGCCGUGUUUGGACCCGAUCUCUGUGUCCCAAUCCCUGGACCUCAAGGGAACUCCGGCACAGCAAAGCUGGUCUUUGGCACUUUCCUCGGUCCCCAUGAAGAAGGAGGCCUUCGCACGAAGGACCAGUGGGUCAUCGCCAUCUCGGUCCAUCCUUAAGAGUGUGUCCUUUCACGACAGAACGCACGGCGAUGGAAGCGAAGUGUCCGACAUCAAGAGCCUUGACGGCCUCGACGGCCUCGACAGCGACACAAUGACCAGUGAAGGGAAGGCCCAGAAGGCUCCUGUGCGAGGAAUUUUGAAAAAGAACAGCACCUAUGGAGUUUCAAUUUCGCCUGAGGGACCUGCUGGACCUGCUCGCUCUACUAACUCUAAUACUGUCAUAGGGAAGGGCAAAAGCUCGGACCCAACGGCUUCUCGAUUGUCCAAGGAGGACAAAGGGGGGUUUGCCAUUCUGCGGGGACAGAAAACGAAAGUGUUCAUGAUGCAAAAGCCAUGGUACGUGAUCAAUCCUGACAGUACCCUCGCAGCCACCGUGUGGCAGUGCAUCACCUCAGCGGCCCUGAUUUGGAUCGCGUUAGUAACACCGCUGCAGGUGGGUCUUUUGAAGAUGGAAGUUGAUUGGGUCUUCGUGACAAGUGUUGUUGUCGAUGCAAUCUUCUUCAUUGACAUGCUGCUGCAGUUUUGCACCACUUACGCGCGGAGAACUCCCAGAGGUGAUGAAUGGGAAGUGCGGAUCAGAAAAAUCAUCGUUCACUAUUGCUCGACUUGGUUCGUGCUGGACUUCGUCACGCUGAUUCCCUUUGAAUUGCUCGCCAUGCAGAUGGGCGACGCUGCUUUCGAAGAAUUGACCAUGAUCAAAGUGAUCCGUGUUUUGAGGCUACUGAAGCUGACGCGCUUGGCACGCAGUUCAAGAUUGGCACAAAGGCUGGAAGCUCCGAUCUCAUUGCCGUACCAACAUUUGGCACUGCUGCGCUGCGUCCUGGUGCUGGUUCUGGUUUGUCACUGGCUGGCAUCUUUGUGGGCAGCCACCAUAGGGCUCGUCCCUGAUGGAACUCCCACAUGGAUUGAUGACAUUGCAGCUGUGGAUGAGGGUUUCGGAAUUGACACUCGCGGGAACCCAUUCCGUGUCUACGUAGCAUCCUUCUACUUUUGCAGCUACAUGAUGACCUCGGUCGGGUACGGGGAUAUCGGACCAAAGAAUAUCCUGGAGCGCAUGGCGUGCACCGUCAUCGUAAUUGGGGCUGGUCUAUCCUGGGCCUGCGUUCUUGGUGAAGUGUGUGCAAUUGUGGCUGAGAUGAAUGCAGCGACGCAAGAUUUCAGAAAGAACAUGCAUCACCUCAAUGGGAUGAUGGGCGAUCAGGGAUUGCCUGGCGAGUUGCAGAAACGUUUAAGAACUUUCUUUCUGCAAAAUCGACAUCAAGUUAAUUUUGCGACGCAUCAGAAGCUUCUGAAAAACAUGAGUCCCCAGCUACAAGCAGAAGUUUCUACAGUUGUGAACCUACCGUGGCUUCGGAAAGUCCCUUUCUUCAACAACUUCUUGAUGCACAUCGAAGCCUUGGGUUCGGCAGGCAUGGACAGCACCCAUCUUCACGCGUGCAUUGCAGAUGUCUCGCAGGAGCUGGAGAUGAGAGCGUACGCCCAGCGCGAAAGCUUCAACAAUGUGCAGGUGCUGCACAUUCUUGCCAAAGGCUUGGUGGUUUUGGACACCCGGGUGGCUGCCAAUGGCGCCGUUUGGGGAGAAGAUUUCGUCCUCGCGGAUGUGCCAUUGAUUCAGAGAGUUGCAGGCUUUGCGUUGACCUACGUGGAGGUUCUGUGUCUCAAGCGGGAGAGAUUCAUGGCAGUGAUCGAAAAGCGCCGAACACUUUGCCCUGAGCUUGGGCAAAUUGUGCGACGCUAUUGCGUCCGCAUAGCAGUCUACCGGGGCAUCCUGGCAGAAGCACGACGGCUCAGGCUGCUAAAGGUAGAAGAGACCAGGACUGUUGCGACUGUCGCGCGGCCUUGUCACACACAUUCCAAGAGACUUCGAACCCAGGAAUGUUUUGUCAGUUUUUUUUCAUGUCGUUGCUACCAUUCAUUGUGGUAG